GCUGACACUCGGGUCUGCCUAAGCGCGAAAAUUGAAUUCGGAUUCGGAAAGAACCUGAACAACACAAUCUUGCUCGCUGUGUACGACGACGACAACGACACUUCUACCCUCAUGCCCACUGGCUCUCCCUUGCCAUCACCAAUGGCCUUGAAGAGGUCCUCACCGCAGCAGUCGAUGUUCAAGAAACGGUCGUCGCAGUCGCUGUCUCACAUGGCCUCGGCGGCAUCCUAUCUAUCUGCACUGUCUCAAGCGGACGCUCGUGCACGAAGCAGUAACGGUCGGUCGCCUACAUCGACACCGGCGUUGUCCUUGUCGUCGUCGGUCACUUCGUCGUCGGAAGACACUGUACUGAACGAGUACGAUGAACUCGACAAUAGCGACGGUCUGGUCAUUCCUGCACGUCCACCCACGUCUGAGCAGGUUUUCACCACCGUUCACUCCGAGUUUGGACACUGUGCCAACGAAGAAUAUCGCUGCGUCUCCCAGCAUACCCCCGGUACUACUGUCCCCGGCCACGUCGAGCAGGACCCUCCCUACUACAUCCUUCUUUCAACGUACAUUAGCUACCUCAUUCUAAUCUGUCUUGGUCACUUCCGUGAUUUCUUUGGAAAGCGUUUCAAUCCAUCUGCCUACCGACAUUUGAUGCCUCAUGACGGAUAUGCCCCUUUGAAUUCAGAUUUUGACUCUUUCUACACUCGUCGUCUGAAAUUGCGCAUGGACGAGUGCUUCUCUCAACCAAUCACCGGUGUUGCAGGUCGUACCAUACAGCUCUUAGAUCGCUACUCUCCUGAUUACAACCACACCCAAAUCCUCACCGGAUCGCGUACCCGUGCGCUUAAUAUCUCUUCAUACAAUUAUCUCGGCUUUGCACAGGCCCGAGGUGGCUGCGCCGACGUUGUGGAAGAGACCAUCAAGCGCUAUGGCGUGACAACAUGCGGUACGCGUCUGGAAGGGGGGUCAAGCGAAUUGCACACAUAUAGCGAGGCACUUGUUGCUCAGUUUGUCGGAAUGGAAGACGCGUUAAUCAGCUCCAUGGGUUUCGCGACUAACUCGACUUUGAUCCCUGCGCUAGUCAACAAGGGCUGCCUGGUUAUCUCCGACGAACUUAACCACGCCUCAAUCCGUUUUGGUGUACGUUUGAGUGGGGCAAGUGUGCGCACGUUCAAGCACAAUGAUAUGGCGAACCUGGAGUCGCUUCUCAGGGAGGUCAUUAGUCAAGGCCAGCUCAAGACUCACAGGCCAUGGAAGAAAAUCUUACUUAUCGUGGAGGGUUUGUACAGUAUGGAAGGCACUUUGGUCCACCUUCCUGCGAUAAUGGAGUUGAAGCGAAAGUACAAGUUUUAUCUGUUUGUUGACGAAGCACACUCUGUAGGCGCUCUUGGUCCUCAUGGCCGUGGUGUGGCGGAUUACUUCAAUAUUGACCCUCGCUCUAUUGACGUACUGAUGGGUACAUUCACAAAAUCAUUCGGUGCCGCGGGUGGAUACGUUGCCGGCAACAAGACGCUUAUCGACCGCCUUCGUCUCCGCGGUUAUUCUGGAGCCUAUGCCGAGGCCAUGACCCCUGCAGUGCUAACCCAGAUUAUCGCCAGUAUGGCUAGUAUCAUGGGUGUCAAUCUACCUCCACCUGCGACCUCGUCUCGACACGGAAGUGUUGGUCCUACCGACGAAAUAUAUCAGCACCCUGGCCCCGCACCAGCAAGCUCACUUCCUUCAUGGAUUACUCUUCCACCUGCUUUGUCUUCUGGCGAAGAGGGACAUGACCGGCUACGUCGUCUCGCCUUUAAUUCGCGAUAUCUCCAUUCUGGUUUGGUCAAGCUCGGCUUCAUCACCUACGGCCAUCCAGCCUCUCCAGUUGUUCCCCUUCUGGUGUUCAAUCCCGGCAAAAUGAAUAUGUUCCACAGGAUGAUGAUAGAUAGGAAAACUCCCAUUAUUGUCGUAGUGGUUGCCUAUCCGGCUACUCCAUUGGUCACGAGUCGCGUCAGGUUCUGCGUGAGCGCGGCACAUACAAAGGAGGACAUUGAUUGCAUCUUACGAGCAUGUGAUGAGGUCGGUGAUAUCCUUGACUUGAAGCAUGGAAUCCGCAAAUCGGAGAGGUGGGCUAUCGAGGAUAUUGUCGAUAAGGCUGUUGAGUUGGCCAUUAAUGCAUGUUGAACUUUUUACGCGAAGGCAUGAACUCGGUAAUCUAUGUUACAUAGAUGAGUGCGCGCUGGGAUGAUGAUGACUUUUUACUUUCAGUACUUUAUUCUCUUGUCGAGUAUUUAACGAAUCUAUCUGUGACAUAUAUACCUUUUCCUGUACAAAGUCGACGAGUUAUACCUUCAUAAAAUAAAUAAGUAAAAUAAUAACAUUAAGUAUCUC